AUGUGCAGCUCCCUGCUGCAGCCGCUGCAGCCGUACCUGACCGGCACUCUGUCGCGUUGGCUGAACUUCCCGGUCAGUGGGUCCCUGGAGGAUGACGCCUACAAGGCGACUAAUAUACUGCGCACCUUCAUGGCAGCUUCCCGCCUGGAGCCCGAGCGGCAGCUGCCGGCCAGCGUGCUGCGGGGCGCGCGGGGGCUGGCGCUGAUGUCGGUGCUGAGGGUCGGCGCGGGCUGGUCCGCGACCGUCGGGACAGGCCUCGUCGUGUCGCGCCAGCUGGACGGCUCCUGGUCCCCGCCCUGCGCCGCGGCCUGCUACGGCGUCGGCUGGGGCGCGCAGAUCGGCGGCGAGAGCCCGUUUGAACACCCCCACCGCUGA